UCUCGUAAUAAAUUUUGUUUUAUCCAUGUAUUAUAUUUAAUACAUCCGUAUAAACAGCACAGUUAUCAGUCGGCAACAGCACCCAUAAUAGCACAUCCAUAAUAAUGAACGACAACACCAACACCGACACCAACAACGACGACAACAACAACAGCACUAAACAAAUAUAUAUCAAAUUGAUUAUCAUUUUAGCGAUACUGAUCGGUAUAUUGGUUAUCAUACUAUUAACUCUGUGUCUAAUAUGCUAUGUAUGGCCCAAAUGUCGGCGCCGACGGCACAACCAAAAACUACAACAACAACUGCAAGAACGGCGACAACAGCGCCGAAAACGCGGAUCAAACGAGUCGACAGAAAGCGGACAGACAUUGAAUUUGAAAGACCGAUCAGAUUAUACUACCAGUGCUGAUAGUAAUGUACGAAUCAUUAAGACUAAUCCGAAAUACAAAGUCAGACAACAACCGCCACCACAAACAUCGCCAACAACAACAACAACUACAGGCAGACCUAUUAAAAUCAAUAGACCUAUCAAUAAAAUAACUACCACUAAGGUAUCGGCAGCGCCGGCGGCGACCACCGCUAAAAAGAUACACAUCCAUAGGACAACCAAACAGUCGGGCACUAAUACUGCUACUAAUAAGCCUAAAGAUGGUAUGGUUGGUGUCAAACGUGAUAGAUCUGCCAGUCCUAAGAUAAAGACCACCACCACUACUACUAAUAAGGCUAAACAUACUCAUGUUGUGUCCACUAAAAAGACUGUGAGUCCAACGGGAGGAGGAGGUGGUGGUGGCUAUAAAACAACAACAACACCAUCACCACAGUCACCAAAACGUUUCAAACAAUCUACCAGUGCUAAGACUACCACUACUAGUCCUAGAAGUCCGACUCCUACUACCACUAAACGUCAAACAACGCCAACAACUGGCAAAGUCGGCAAAGAUAAAAAACGGUCAAAAAAAGUGGUCAAAUCACUGGAUGGUGAGGAACAGCAAAGUAUUAGAUCAGUUAUUGACAAAUAAUAACUGUCUAACCAACGAAAAAAAUACAAUUGAAUUGACAUACCAGUCCCCCCCCACACA